AUGCCGACCGUCCACCUUUUAGACUACGUUGCGGGUAACAUUCGCUCUCUGGUCAAUGCAAUCAAUCAAGUCGGCUACGAAGUGGAAUGGAUCAAGUCUCCCGAUGAUGUGAAGAAUGCCGAAAAAUUGAUUCUCCCUGGCGUCGGCCACUUUGGACAUUGUCUCUCACAACUCGACAAAGGCGGCUUUCUAGGCCCUAUCCGGGAACAUAUUGACGCGGGCAAGCCGUUCAUGGGCAUUUGUGUCGGUCUGCAGGCACUCUUCCAAGGCUCUGAAGAAGACCCCAAUGUCCCAGGACUGGGUGUGAUCCCCAUUCGCAUUCAAAAAUUCGAUGAUUCGACCAAGAGCGUGCCGCACAUCGGGUGGAACUCGGCAUUGAAUACCGGAGCCGCAUCGAAGGAGCAAAGCUUUUACGGACUGAGGCCGUCAAGCAAGUACUAUUACGUACACUCCUAUGCAGCACUUUAUGAGGCAGGUGUUCUUGAGAGAGAUGGCUGGUCCGUUGCCACAGCCACCUAUGGCGAGCAAGAGUUCAUCGGUGCAGUCAGCCGAGACAACAUUUUUGGCGCACAGUUCCACCCCGAAAAGAGCGGCGUGGCAGGAUUACGAGCCAUCCGGGCUUUCCUGACUGGGGAUCAGUUCCAGUCACUCCCCCAAGAGUUGGUUGCUGGCAAAGCCGAUGGACUGACUCGGCGCGUUAUUGCCUGCCUUGAUGUACGGACCAACGAUUCCGGUGAUCUUGUCGUUACAAAAGGAGACCAGUAUGAUGUGCGUGAAAAGAGCGGAGCAGAUGCCGGUGGCCAAGUCCGAAAUCUGGGAAAGCCAGUUGAUAUGGCCAAGAAGUAUUAUGAACAGGGGGCAGAUGAGGUGACAUUUUUGAACAUCACUUCCUUCCGAAACUGCCCGCUUGUGGAUACACCUAUGCUUGAGAUCUUACGCCGAACAUCCGAAACAGUAUUUGUGCCUCUAACCAUCGGUGGUGGUAUCAAAGAUACGGUGGACACUGACGGCACCCGCGUCCCCGCGCUGGAUGUGGCCACAAUGUAUUUCAAGUCUGGCGCAGACAAAGUCAGCAUUGGUUCGGAUGCUGUUUUUGCCGCGGAGGAUUAUUACCUAGCUGGCAAGAAUCUGAGUGGUCUCACUGCAAUUGAGACCAUCUCCCAGGCAUAUGGAAAGCAAGCUGUGGUGGUAAGUGUGGACCCUAAGCGUGUCUAUGUGGAACGACCUGAGGACACUAGCCACCACACUAUUAACACCGCAUUCCCUAAUGCGGCGGGACAAAGUUAUUGCUGGUACCAGUGCACAGUCAAAGGUGGCCGGGAAACUCGAGACAUGGAUGUGCGACAACUAGUGCAGGCGGUUGAGGCCAUGGGAGCCGGAGAAAUCCUGCUCAACUGCAUUGACAAGGAUGGAAGCAACAGUGGAUUUGACUUGGAGCUGAUCAAUGAUGUUAAAGCCGCCAUAAAAAUCCCUGUUAUUGCUUCCAGUGGCGCAGGGAACCCCGGUCAUUUUGCAGAGGUCUUCAGCAAGACUACUACGGAUGCCGCAUUAGGAGCCGGCAUGUUCCACCGCGGGGAAUAUACCGUGAGUCAGGUCAAAGACUACUUGCAGGACGACGGAUUCUUGGUACGGCAAUUCGAAUCCCAGCUUUAA